AUGACUGACCUGAAGUUUCUAUAUGACUCUGACCUGAAGUUUCUAUAUGACUCUGACCUGAAGUUUCUAUAUGACUCUGACCUGAAGUUUCUAUAUGACUCUGACCAUGACCUGAAGUUUCUAUAUGACUCUGACCUGAAGUUUCUAUAUGACUCUGACCUGAAGUUUCUAUAUGACUCUGACCUGAAGUUUCUAUAUGACUCUGACCAUGACCUGAAGUUUCUAUAUGACUCUGACCUGAAGUUUCUGUAUGACUCUGUCCUGAAGUUUCUAUAUGACUCUGACCAUGACCUGAAGUUUCUAUAUGACUCUGACCUGAAGUUUCUAUAUGACUCUGACCUGAAGUUUCUAUAUGACUCUGACCUGAAGUUUCUAUAUGACUCUGACCUGAAGUUUCUAUAUGACUCUGACCUGAAGUUUCUAUAUGACUCUGUCCUGAAGUUUCUAUAUGACUCUGACCAUGACCUGAAGUUUCUAUAUGACUCUGACCUGAAGUUUCUAUAUGACUCUGACCUGAAGUUUCUAUAUGACUCUGACCUGAAGUUUCUAUAUGACUCUGACCUGAAGUUUCUAUAUGACUCUGACCUGAAGUUUCUAUAUGACUCUGACCUGAAGUUUCUAUAUGACUCUGACCUGAAGUUUCUAUAUGACUCUGACCUGAAGUUUCUAUAUGACUCUGACCUGAAGUUUCUAUAUGACUCUGACCUGAAGUUUCUAUAUGACUCUGACCUGAAGUUUCUAUAUGACUCUGACCUGAAGUUUCUAUAUGACUCUGACCUGAAGUUUCUAUAUGACUCUGACCUGAAGUUUCUAUAUGACUCUGACCUGAAGUUUCUAUAUGACUCUGACCUGAAGUUUCUAUAUGACUCUGACCUGAAGUUUCUAUAUGACUCUGACCUGAAGUUUCUAUAUGACUCUGACCUGAAGUUUCUAUAUGACUCUGUCCUGAAGUUUCUAUAUGACUCUGACCUGAAGUUUCUAUAUGACUCUGACCAUGACCUGAAGUUUCUAUAUGACUCUGACCUGAAGUUUCUAUAUGACUCUGUCCUGAAGUUUCUAUAUGACUCUGACCUGAAGUUUCUAUAUGACUCUGACCAUGACCUGAAGUUUCUAUAUGACUCUGACCUGAAGUUUCUAUAUGACUCUGACCUGAAGUUUCUAUAUGACUCUGACCUGAAGUUUCUUUAUGACUCUGACCUGAAGUUUCUUUAUGACUCUGACCUGAAGUUUCUUAUGACUCUGACCUGA